AUGUUGGAGAGAAAACAGAUCAACUUCUUCCGGGGCUCCCCAGCCCCAACCCUGAUUCCAACCGAGCUCCUCAAACAGGCGGCCUCCGCUGCGUUAUCCGAUCCAACCAUCUCCGGUCCGGGAUGCGACUACGGCCCAGAGGAGGGCUAUUUGCCACUCAGGGAGAGCAUCGCCAGAUGGCUCACAAGUGUAUAUCGACUACCGCAGUCAAUCGAUACCGAGCGAAUUUGCAUCACCGGUGGAGCAAGCCAAAACCUGGCGUGCUUGUUGCAGGUUUUUACAGACCCGGUGCAAACCAGAGCUAUAUGGCUGCCUCAACCAACUUAUCAUUUGGUGUUUGAAGUGUUUGAAGAUGCCGGAUUUCAUGGAUUGCUGAAAGCCAUUCCGGAAGAUGCAGACGGAAUGGAUGCUGGGGCUCUCGAUGAGGCGAUAUCGCGGAUGGGGUCGGAUCCGGCGACGUUGGACCGAUUGUGCAUUACAAUGUCGUUGUCUCGAAGAGAGGAGCUCGUCCGAGUAGCGCGCAAACACGACGCACUGAUCGUUAGCGACGACGUCUAUGACUUUUUACAUAUAACUGGAACAACAUCCUCGACUGCAGCAGUCCCACCGCAGCGGAUUGUCGAUAUUGACAGAACGCUAGAUGGCGGGUUACAAGACCGAUUCGGAAACGCUCUCAGCAACGGAUCGUUCAGUAAACUUGUCGGACCCGGGUGUCGCGUCGGAUGGGCGGACGGACCAGGCCCUUUGAUGUAUGGGCUUUCGCAAUGUGGUUCAAAUAUCUCCGGCGGUGCACCAUCCCAACUAAUCUCAACAUUCAUCAACCAAAUCGUCCAAAACGGGUCCUUGGCAGAUCAUAUCGAGAAAGCUUUAAUUCCCGCCUGUACACGACGAUUCAACGCUAUCGUAUCGGCCAUCAAAGAUCAUCUCGUACCACUGGGGGUGCCAUUUCAACCAGAUGGAGAGACAAAGCCUGCCGGCGGAUAUUUUGUUUGGCUUACUCUUCCUGCAUCGUUGAGUAGUUGGAAAGUAUGCGAGGAGGCAAGGGCGCGUGCAAAUCUCAUUCUUCCAAAUGCGACAGUUUUUGCUGUGCCGGGGAAUGACAUUCCAGAUCUUCUUCGUCGGCAGCUGAGGCUUUGUUAUAUGUGCGUGGAUGAAGCGGAUAUUGCGGAGGGUAUCUUUCGGCUGGCGGAGGUAAUUCGGGGUGUUUUGAGGGGUUGA